AAACAAGGAUAAGAGACGAGAGAAUGGAUGAGACCGUUAUAACUAAAACCAUGCUUUUUCUUUUUUAAGAUCCAAAACCUACCACCGAAAAAAAGAAGAGCAAAGGGGAGAUAUGGGGAUCCAGCACCAGCUUUUGAGGAAUGCAUCCCAGGCUCCAUCCAAAACCCUAAUAGCUCUCACUCCCCAGAUCCCCCCUGCCCGGAUUCCAGUCUACGUUCACUCUUCCAGGUGCAGCACCGCAUUAAGUAGAUCUUUCUACAGAAUCCCUUUAAAUUCUACAAUAAACCCGCCCAAGAUCAGCACUUUAUCCGCACCCAAGCCGAGGUUGGUGUUGUCUCAUCCGAGCCAGAGGGUUGGUGUUGUGAUGGCGUCGACGGGUUCCGUCCAGAAAUCGGAGGAGGAAUGGAGGGCGAUCCUCUCGCCGGAGCAGUUUCGGAUCCUUCGGAUGAAGGGAACUGAAUACCCAGGCACUGGUCAAUAUGACAAAUUCUUUGCUGAGGGCAUAUAUGAAUGUGCUGGUUGUGGGACCCCACUUUACAAAUCCACUGCCCAGUUCAAUUCUGGGUGUGGCUGGCCAGCUUUCCACGGGGGUCUUCCUGGAGCCAUAAAUCGCUCGUUAUGCUCCUUUUUGUAUUAUUUUUCAGCAAUGUAUUCUUUUUCAUGCUUCCCUUCAGCCAAUUCAUCUGUGUUUACAAUAAUAGUUUAACAAGUGUGACUUAUGCUUUCAGUCUGAUCCUGAUGGAAGGAGAACGGAAAUAACUUGUGCAGCUUAUGGUGGGCAUUUGGGUCAUGUGUUUAAAGGCUAGGGGUUUAACACACCAACUGAUGAAUGUCAUUGUGUCAAUAGCAUUUCGCUCAAGUUCACUCCUGCCUCCUAAGCAGCUACUUUUCUCUCAUGUUUAUUAUAUGUGAUGCCUUCCUAGAUAAAUUAUAUAGUUGACUUAUGUAUAAGGAUCUAUUAUCUUCAACUGCUACUUAUUGUCAAUUUAUGAAUUGGAUCUAUUAUCA